AUGUCCGGUUUUGGAAUGCCAGCCAGUAACACGUUUGAAGAAUACUUUAGAUGCUAUCCAAUUGCAAUGAUGCCUGAUUUAGUUCGCAAGGAUGAUGCAAACUAUGGAGGCAAGAUCUUUUUGCCACCAUCAGCAUUGAACAAGUUAACAAUGUUGCACAUCAGAUACCCUAUGUUGUUUGAGCUUAGAAAUGAACAGAAAGAUCUUUUGACACACAGUGGUGUUUUGGAGUUUACCAGUGAAGAAGGAAGAUGUUACAUCCCUCAAUGGAUGAUGGACACGUUACAACUACAACCAGGAAGCUUGAUCAAAAUCAGGAAUUGUGAUCUUAGUUUAGGGAAAUUUGUCAAAAUAGAACCACAAAGUGUAGACUUUUUGGAUAUUAGUGAUCCCAAAGCAGUGUUGGAGAAUGUUUUGCGAAAAUUUUCAACAUUGACCGUGAAUGACGUGAUUGAAGUAAAUUAUAACGAUUCCAUAUACGGAAUUAAGGUUUUGGAAGUGAAGCCAGAGAGUUCAACUCAUGGUAUUUGUGUUGUGGAGACUGAUUUAGAGACCGAUUUUGCUCCUCCGGUUGGAUAUGUGGAGCCUGAAUAUAAACCGAAAAGUGUCACACCAUCACUGCUGAAACCGAUCGACCCAUCUAGUGUAAAUAGAGGAGCUGGUGCUGCUACAAUGGCCAAAUCUAUCAAUUAUGCGCAAAUCGUGGGCGAUGCGAUAUCGAAUAGUGGAUCAGCUUCAAAAUUCGGAGGAUCGGGGCAAAAGUUAUCGGGGAAGAAAGUGGAGGAUACCAAAUCUUUAAAUGGAAAAUACACAAUGGAUGAUUUGGAUCCUAAUGCUCCUGCAGUGCCAUUAACUCUACCUGAUAAUCAGCUAUUCUUUGGAUUUCCUGUGGUUUUACCUACUCAAGAGGAGAUUGAUGAAGGCAUGAGGGAUGAAGCGAAAAGUAAAGAGGCAUUUGCCGGAUCUGGUCAGUCUUUGCGACAAAGCAAAAAGAGAAAGGAUAAAAAUACAAGCCAUCCAUCAUUAAAAAACCAUGAACGAAGUCCCGAGGUUAUAGAGAUUGAUUGA